GCUGUGUUCCUAGUGCCAGGGAAAGCAGGAUUCCAUGUUAAUGUUUGUGAUUCCCACUGAGUUCUCCCACAGCCUCCUCUGCCCACAGGCCAAGAUGAUCCACCCCUCCCCGUAGCCCAGGCAGGAGUUCAUUUGCUGCCCUCGUACUCAGCUGGGCAGUAGCUAUGUGAGUUCUGCACUCUGAGGAAUUUCCACAGUUCCUUGAGCUUUGUGUAGCUGGAUGCAGGGCAGUAGAGUUAAAGCAGUGAGCAGACCUGUGACAGUGGGCAUUGUGGGAUACUUCUUGGAGGCUAGUUAUGGCGAUGUAACGAACACAGUAUCUACACUGAUGCUUUGCUUUGUUUGCCACAAAAGGUUCAAUCCCUCUCAACAAGGCUUUAUUUUGUCGUCAAAAUGGAAGAGUUGUCACCAAAAGUAGCAUUAUAUUGUGUACACCUCCACUGUGUUGUUGACAAAAGCUGCUUUUGCCAACUAAACUGUGUAGUGUAGACAAGGCUUAAGUAUGGACUUGGCAGCAUAAAUCCGGGCACCUAUGUUUGCCUUUGUUUUUAGCCCUCUGCUAGAAGGCACUUUAGUAGACUACAGAAAUGAACAGAGUUGAGACACUAAGACACUAGUGUUUCAAUUGCAGCUUUAUGACUUGUGUAGUUGAGAUCAGGUUGAUGAACCUCAGCCUCAACUCACCCAUCUAUUAAAUAUAAAUUCCUGCCUACUUUUCAGAGGUGUGGCAAGGACUAGUUUGUACAAGCAGGCCUGUUGAACGUGGGCAGUCAAGCCACACGUUUACAUAUUAAAAAGGGCACUGAGAAGUCGUGUGCGGGGUUAUUGGUUUUUUUGUAAUUUGGGGCAGAAUCCAUAUUCCUGUGAGUUUAAUGGUGGUGUUGACACUUUGAUACUGGCUUCUGACCAGCUGCGCUAAGCUGGGAACUGUGUAGUGUUGAGCAGUUGAGUUGGGUGGUGGGGGUGGAGCAGGACUUUGCUCAGACAGUGUUAGGAGAUCUUUCAGCCCUGACUAGUUUGGGAAAAAAAAUAAUCCUACUUACACUAAGAUAGACACGUGCAAAGCAGUGCAUGCAUCUAUAGCUUUGUGUAAGAAUCUAAAGUUGCAUUUUUUUAUGAAUUCAACACGGGGGGGGGAUCAUUUUACACACAAUUACUUUGCUUGCAAGAUUCACAACUUAAACUUGUUCAGAGUGUACCAUAAAUGAAAUGUGCCACAAGUACUCCUGUUCUUUUUGCGGAUACAGACUAACACUGCUGCUACUCUGAAAUCUGUCUAAAUGAAAUGGUGAAGGGGUGGCAGUUAGGAUCAGUUUUAUGUACUGUUAAGACUAAUGGGAUAGGGAAGGCUUGUUUUUUGGCCUUGCAUAUACUAAUUUAAAAGGGAAAAAAUGAAAUAUUGUGCUGCAGCUGAUAACUAAAUAAACUACUGGAACUGGGGUGGCACAGAUAAUGAUGACACAGGCUGGUGCUGGCCAAUUAAGUGGAUUUGAACCUUUAAUUACAUUCAAAAUUGAAAAAUCAAUAUUUCUCAAAUAGGGAGGAGACAGAAUUUGCUGGAGAAGUGGGGGAAGGAAGUGAAACUUUGCAUUCAGAUCUCUGAAAGGACAUGAACAAUGAAGAGAUGAAUGAGCCUAUAAAAUGUUACUUGACAAUGUCCAAAGGUUUUUCUAGGUGAAAAUAGAUGACUGAAGGAAGGUUUUGUGUUACAGUUGGAAUCUGUUCUAAUUGUCACUAACCCUAAUAUAAUGAUCCCAAUGUUAUGGGUGCAGUUUUAAUAAUUCUGCAGUAUGGUAGUUCCAAGCAGUCUGUGCUAGGUAUUUUGCUAGUCAAGAAAGCCACUGUUCCUACCAAGAAACCUUAAUUUUCUUUUUUUUUUCUGUACAGCGUGAGUGCAUCUCGGUCCACGUUGGCCAAGCUGGUGUGCAGAUUGGCAAUGCAUGCUGGGAACUCUACUGCUUGGAGCAUGGCAUUCAACCCAAUGGCACCAUGCCAAGUGACAAAACAAUUGGUGGUGGUGAUGAUUCAUUUAACACCUUCUUCAGCGAGACUGGUGCAGGAAAGCAUGUCCCCCGUGCUGUGUUUGUGGAUCUGGAACCUGCAGUUAUAGAUGAAGUACGGAAUGGGACAUACAAGCAGCUUUUCCACCCUGAACAACUGAUUUCUGGCAAGGAGGAUGCUGCUAAUAAUUAUGCUAGAGGUCAUUACACUGUUGGGAAAGAGAUAAUUGACCUUGUUCUGGAGCGUACCAGGAAGCUGGCUGACCAGUGCACUGGUUUGCAGGGCUUCCUGAUUUUCCACAGUUUUGGGGGAGGCACUGGCUCAGGCUUUACUUCACUGCUGAUGGAGCGCCUUUCAGUCGACUAUGGAAAAAAAUCCAAGUUAGAAUUUGCAAUCUAUCCUGCACCCCAGGUCUCCACAGCAGUUGUCGAGCCAUACAAUUCCAUUUUGACUACCCAUACCACUCUGGAGCAUUCCGACUGUGCCUUUAUGGUUGACAAUGAGGCCAUCUACGACAUUUGCCGUAGGAACCUGGACAUUGAACGCCCUACCUACACCAACCUCAAUCGCCUCAUUGGUCAGAUAGUGUCUUCCAUUACUGCCUCCCUCAGAUUUGAUGGUGCCUUAAAUGUGGAUCUGACAGAAUUUCAGACUAAUCUGGUGCCUUACCCCCGUAUUCACUUCCCAUUGGUAACCUACUCCCCGAUUAUUUCAGCAGAGAGAGCCUACCAUGAGCAGCUCUCUGUGUCUGAGAUCACCAAUGCUUGCUUUGAGCCAUCCAAUCAGAUGGUGAAGUGUGAUCCUCGCCAUGGCAAGUAUAUGGCCUGCUGUAUGUUGUACCGUGGUGAUGUUGUCCCCAAGGAUGUCAAUGCUGCUAUUGCUGCUAUCAAAACCAAGCGCACAAUCCAAUUUGUUGACUGGUGUCCUACUGGUUUUAAGGUUGGAAUAAAUUAUCAGCCGCCAACAGUUGUUCCUGGCGGUGACCUAGCCAAAGUUCAGCGUGCAGUCUGCAUGCUCAGCAACACCACAGCCAUUGCUGAAGCAUGGGCCCGUCUGGACCACAAGUUUGACUUGAUGUAUGCCAAACGUGCCUUUGUUCACUGGUAUGUGGGAGAAGGGAUGGAGGAAGGAGAAUUCUCAGAGGCUCGGGAAGACUUGGCUGCACUUGAGAAGGAUUAUGAAGAAGUGGGCACAGACUCAAUUGAUGGAGAGGAUGAAGGAGAGGAAUAUUAAAUUUCACAGAAGUGAAAUGCUAAAUCUUUCCCAUUUUACUGCUUUUUCCUCAAUGUAAAUGGGAAACCUCAUGAAUGUAAAUCCAUUGUGGGUUUUUUUAAGUAUUCCAUACCAACCUGCUUAGAAUAAAACCUUUUUAAUCAGGA